CAAAUUUCACAUCGAUAAUUUUCUGACUUCAACAUAUUAAAUUCUAGAAAAAUUGACAAAAUAUUCCAUCGAAUGUGAUGGACUAAUGAGGAUUUAUUUUCCUCCAACAAAACCUGCCAUUCUGAUUGCAAACCCCAGAGACGUGCGAACCCUUUUAUCUUCAGGGGCAGCUACAAAAAAAUCCAAAUUCUACGAUUAUAUGAAAGUAUGGUUAGGAGACGGACUCGUAACAAGAGACGAAGGGGAAACCUGGAGAACACGUAGAAAAUUGCUGAAUCCAUGUUUUGGUCGUCCCUCUCUCCUCAGACAUUACACUGUACAGUUCGAAGCACUAGGAGAUAUUCUUGUAGAAAAACUCUCUGAAAAACUGAACGACUCAAGUUUUGACCUAUUUCCAUUCUUGAAGCAUUUUUCCAUGGAUGUACUUUCCAAAACAUCGUUAGGGAUAGAUUUGAACUGCCAAAAAGAACCUCACAAUGGUUAUUUCGAAAGUGUCGACAACAUGGGCAAAAUCGUAUUCGAACGUUCAAUAUCUCCUCUUCUGAAAAAGUAUGAUUUCACUUUUCGUUUCACUAAACAGUACCAAACACAAACAGCAGCUGUCGAUACCAUAAACAACUUCAACAGAAAUAUUAUGAGGAAUAAGAUUCGUAGUUAUAAUUCUGGAUCAGAAAAGGAGCCUUUGCCUACUUUUGUAGAUACUUUAAUUCAUAAAAUGGGUACGGAAGGAGAAGUCUCGGAGAAAGAUGUAUUGGAUGAAGUCAACACCUUCGUAUUUGGUGGACAUGGCUCUACGGCUACUGGUUUAGCCUUCACCCUGUAUGCAUUGGCGCACCAUCCAGAGUGUCAGGAAAAAAUUCUUGAAGAGCAAAGACAAAUAUUUGGUCACCUCCAUAAUGAAUUGACAGUGACCUACGAUCAUCUUCAAGAAAUGAAAUAUUUAGAAAAGGUCAUUAACGAAGCUCUCAGAAUGUACCCGCCAUUUCCUUUCAUAGGCAGGAAAUUAGUGAAAGACGUUGAACUAGAGGGAGGAAUCGUGUUACCAAAGAACUUGAGUGUGGGAAUUUUUGUUUACGGCUUACAUCACAAUCCGAAGUACUUUCCAGAACCGAAAAAAUUUAUUCCAGGAAGGUUUGAGGGCAAUAUAGUUCCUUUUACUUUCCUACCGUUCGCCGCUGGACCAAGAACUUGUUUGGGAAGGAAAUUUUCGAUGAUUGAAAUGAAGAGUACGAUUUCGAAACUCAUAAGGAAUUUCCGUCUUUUACCUCCAGGACCUACAUUUCAGUUGGAACUAGCACCUGAAAUGACUCUCACAUCACGAAAUGGAAUAAAAAUAUCACUGGAGAAACGAAAUUGACUCAACAUAGACUAGCAACUAAAUGAAAUUGUAUAACUUCUUCAAUUGUAUGUGCAAAUAUAAA